AUGGAUAUUGCACAUGCUUUUUUUCUUCAAGAUGAUGGUGCACCAUUCAAUCUUGAGUAUGCAUGGAGAUUGUUGAAAGAUGAACCUAAAUGGAAGGGAGCAUAUAUUGAAACUUCUUCAAAAAGAACAAAAAUUUCUACUAGUGGUGGGGCAUACUCUUCAUCACCAAACCCAAAGACACCUUCAAGUUAUGAAUUUAAUUCAACAUUUCCAAUGGAGCGUUCAAUGGGGCAAAAGGCGGCAAAAAGGAAGGCAAAGGCUAAAGUAAAUGCAAGUGCGACUGAAACAUCUUCUAAGGCCGUGCAUGAUUUAAUGGAUAAAAGAGUGGCGGCCAUGGAAAAACUCGCACACCUUAAGGAGGAAGAAAACACUUUAAAGAAGGAAGAGAUGGAGUUUAAGGCAAUGCAAGUUAUCAUGUCAGACACGUCCACGAUGAAUGAGAGUCAACGUCAAGUUCAUGAAAAAUAUUGUAAUAAGCUCAAAGAAAAGUAUGGAUUUUAG